AUGAGUAUAUCAUCUGAAGCCUUUUCUAAUCUUAUUUUUAGAAUCUCACCUGAGGAUCUAAUUAAAGAUAUCCAGUUCAUGAAAAUGUGUCCUUGGAGAAAGCACCUCAGAAACCAAAAUGUGUACAGGCUGGAGCUUCAGAGCUGCUGUAAUGCCAGUCAGGAUCUGGUUCUCACCAAAGAGAACAUAAAGCUUGGAGAGACAAUUACAUUCGAAAUGGAGAAGAAAAGUACUCGUGUUGUGGAUAAGACUCUCUAUGAAAUGCUUCCAGAGAGACCUUUGUGGAACAAGACUUUGGGACACUGUGCUGUAGUUGGAAAUGGGGGAAUUUUACGCAACAGCAGCUGUGGAGAGCAGAUUGACCAAGCGGACUUUGUUAUCAGGAUGAACUUGCCACCCAUAAACUACACAGCUGAUGUUGGAACUAAGACAGACCUGGUGACAGCAAACCCCACCAUCUUGUCCAAGUAUGACAGAUUGUCCUAUGCCAGGAAGCCAUUUAUACAAAGAAUGAAGGCCUAUGGACAUGCACAGGUGCUAAUGCCAGCUUUUACUUAUGCCUUUUGCUUGGAGCCCUCUUUCAGGGUUUACUUUACCCUGCAGGACUUCAAUCUCCAGCAUGUAUCUUUCCUUCAUCCAGGAUACCUGAGCAAGCUCCACAAAUACUGGCGUAACAAGAGGCUAACUGCCACACGGCUCUCUUCUGGAAUGAUGCUGGUCAGCGUUGCCUUGGAGCUUUGUUCUAAGGUUUCUCUUUACGGUUUCUGGCCUUUUCCCUAUGACUUAAAUGGACAACCUUUGAUCCAUCACUAUUACGACAAUCAUCCCGUUACACCUGGCAUGCAUUCACUGCCACUAGAGUUUUUCAAUUUACUUCAAAUGCACAGAAAGGGGAUACUGAAGGUAAACAUAGGAAAGUGUUUAUGAUGGCUGAGGAGGGCCUCUUCAUUUUAAGUUUCAAAU